AUGAUUAAAAUUAGCAAUACAGAAGACCAGUAUUGGAGGAGUACAGAGGGGAAGCAACAGAUUUCUUCCAUCCAUCCAAUGGCCCCAAGGUGCUCCAAGUCAUUUUACUACGACGAGCUGACAAUAGCUUGUAAACCCUGUCGGCUCCGGUGCAGCAGUUCCAAAACCCGACCCACCGUGUGUGCGGAUUACAUCUGUAACAAAGCUCAAGUAUCUUCCUUGUCUACUUGGAGUAACGAGACAAUUAGAAACUCUUGGAUUGUUAUUGGAUUACUCCCACUUCUAAUUGUAAUAUUGUCUGUAUUCAUUCUUGUGCUUCGAAAAUUACAUCAAAGGAAAGCAAAAGUUACAUUUGAUGGCAAUGUUGUUGCUUCAAGUUUCAAGGAAAACCCUCUGGCUGAAGAUGUGCAGGAAUUCUCUUCUGCAAGGAACCAACAAUCUGAACUGGAGUGUGAAGUUUCCAAUUGCAUGUCUCGAGAAAAUGAAAGUAGGAAGUUGGUGACAGGUGCUCAGGAAAACUGUGACUGUGAUAGUUCACUUCCUUUACCAGCCACUGAAGAAGGAGCAACUAUUCUUGUCACGACCAAAACUGUAGAAUGGUGUGGCUAUCAAAAGAUAUAG